UCCCCGGUGACCGGCGGCGGCGGCGGCGGCAUGGCCGUGUGGACCCGGGCUUGUAAAACGGGGCUGCUGGAGCUGCUCCUGCGGGAGCGCUGGGUCCGCGUGUCGGCGGAACUGACCGGGGAAACGCUGAGCUUAACGGCGGAACCGGGAACCGGCGAUCCGUCGGUGGUGAACGGCGUGGUGAACGGCAACGCGGAGGCGGCGGCACCCGGUGGCGUGAGGAGGGUGCGGGUGGUGAAAGCGGAGGCGGGAGGGCUCGGGAUCAGCAUUAAGGGAGGUCGGGAGAAUCGGAUGCCGGUGCUGAUCUCACGGAUCUUCCCGGGAUUGGCGGCGGAAAGGAGCGGAGCGCUCCGGUUAGGCGACGCCAUCCUCGCUGUUAACGGCGUCGAUCUCCGCGAUGCCACCCACGAUCAAGCUGUGCAGGCGCUGAAGAGAGCCGGCAGGGAGGUCAUCCUUGAAGGUAACGCCUCAACCCCUUCCUCUGCCCCGAAUCCCCGGUACGGGCCCCUGGUGCUCUCCCGUCCCCCGCCCCGGUGCUCCCCCGCCGUUACCGGCUCCCACCACACCUCCCUGCGCUGUCACCGGACUCCUGGACCCCCUUUGGGUCCCUUUUCCGGGUGUGGGACGCCACUCCCCCACCCAGUCCUGGCGCGUUGUGUGUCCCCCAAAACCCCGCAGGCACGGGGGGGGCCCAGGCACGGGGACAGGGAGUGGGGUGUCCUCCCCGGUUGGGCUGUUCCCUCUGGGGCAGGAUGGGGACCCCUCACAGCUGGGGACAAGGACAGGAUAUCUCCACUGGUUGUGUUCCUCCACGGGAGUCUGGGGUCCCGGGGACAGACUCCGGGUCCCCCAGGAUAGACUCGUUCCUGUGGCACCUCCCUGAACAGGUUGUCCCCUAUCCUUGGUGACAAUCCCCAGGCUGGCUGAGUGUCCCCAGGGAGGGUUGUGACCCCGGGCGUUGUUCCAGGGUCUGCCCCUGUCCCUCAGCCCCCCCCGCAGGCUCGGUGUCCCGGUGGGCACGGUGCCCACAGCACAGCUGGCUCGGGACUGGCCCGACGGAGCCACCGGCUCCUGCCCGACCUGUUCCCGGCAGCCCGACAAGCUCGGGCAGGACCUGCCCAGCCCGGCGGCGCGGGGCUCGUGCCAGGGGGCACCGCGAGGCCACGAGCCCCCCGUGCCGUGGGUCAGCGUGGGCUGCCGCACAGUGCUGUGGUGCCACAAACACU